CGAAGCACAUCGUUCUCGCCGCGUCUCCCUCAUAUCGGAAGCGAGAUACGCGUUUGCUUCGCUCGAUCUUGAUACAUUCGUCGAAACAAGAGGAAGUCCGUUGUAAUUAGAGUCGUUUGGGGGGAAUAUGUUCGAGCGUUAAUUUUGCGUUACUCUGUAUUUUGUUGUCCGGCUAUCGAGCUCGAUAAUUGCCCGUUUGUCGCAAUUUACGUUUACAGGGCUGUAUUUACGUCAACUUCGUGUUUUCGUUGGCGUUUAACUUCUCCUUAUGGGCCUUAAAAGUUGUCAUUAGAGAAAAUCGGCCGAUCAAGGAAGAGGCGGUCCCUGGCGUUUAUUUGCCGCGUAAGAUCGAAUUGCGCCGGGGUUUGAAAAUUAUGCCAGUAUAAUUGGUUGAUUAUUGGUUGCCGACCAAGGUGUAAAACGUCUAUAAAUACUGGAAAUCGGUGGCAAUCGAUAUACAGUCGGCUAGUAUUUUCGUAGGCGAUCGAAUCUUUCUUUUCACUUCUCUCAUCGACGAUAGCAAACUCGCCAGAACGAUGAGAUCCGCGGGAAUUUUCGUGAUCUUGAUUUGUUCUCUAUCGCUGCAACUCGUUUUCGUUCACGGAGGGAUGGACAUCGACGACAUUAGGGCAAUGCUGACGAAAUUUAGGAAAAAGUGUAUGGACGAGACUAAAACGAACCUUGAGACGAUCGAAGAUACAGAGUUCGGAAUAUUCCCCGAAGAAGAGAGCCUGAAAUGUUACUUUAAGUGCGUCUUUGAAAAAUUCCACAUGAUGGACAAGGAUGGCAAAAUAAAGUACAACAUACUGAAGAAAGCGAUUCCAGACGUUUACAAGGAGAUAGGCAACGAAAUGGUCGACAGUUGCAAGCAUAUCGAUUCAGAGAAUAAAUGCGAGAAAUCGUUCAUGUUCAUGAAAUGCAUGUACAACGUCAAUCCCUGGGUAAGUCGAAUGAAACAUUACUGUUUUUUUACGAAUAGAAUGCAGAGAUUGUCUUUUCACAAAAGAACGUUUUCUUCUUCCGUUUUCCAGGCAUAUAUUGCUCCGUAA